AAGGGACCUACAACAACAUGGAUUCUUUCGCUACUUCCGCAACCUCCUUCCUUCUCGCACGAAUGUUGAUCAGCCCCGUGAUUUUCUAGAUUUUCCUGCAACAUUUCCCCUACCUCGCAAUCUCUCUCCCUCGGCGCAGGUCAUGGCUCAGGGGCCUUCACAGACAAAUCCCUGCCAGAACUCUCGAUCUAUGCCACCGCUGUCCACCGCCCAACCGGGCCAAUCCUUGACUACCGCUCUUGUCACCUUCACAGCACGCUUAAACCACCUAUCAACCUGGUGGCCCGUUCGUGCAGGUCAUACAUCGCCGCCUAAUGUCGAUGUUCCUUUCGCGUGGGGUGACUUGCGCCAUGCUGCAGCAGGUGCUCCCAGCCAUAUUGACGAUGACUUGAUACGUGAUGAAGACUAUGUUCCUCCUUCACCGACCCAAAAUUCACAACCACUGCAUACAGGGGGGAAUAACACUGGAGAGCAUGGAAGUGACGAAAGCACUGCCCUUGAUUUACCACCUAUGAAGCCAGAAAGCGAUAGUAUUAUCGACACCUCCCAAGUGGAAGGGAAUGCUUCUUCGGCGGUAAAACAUGCAUUGCUCAGCUCUUUGCAAUCGAUGAAGACGAGCCACGUCUCGCGGCUGACUGGCAAGCCCUUCAGAGGUUUCGAAGCCGAGUUCACAUCACGGCUGCAACUAACAGAGGUAUCUGUAUUGCCAAAGGCAGAGGAGCCCGAGAAACUCGAAUGA